CUACUUCCUGUAGACAUACUUUUGUUUGGCCGAACGGAACAGCUGUCUGGAGGCAGAUAGAACCAUAUCAUUAGGAAUUAAUAGGAUCUCUAUGAAUAGAAGUUACUGGUCUUGCUGUACUACUUUUGUGUUCAGUGGCACUCAUCAAGAUGCUGGCGCUAAUUAACAGACUUUUGGACUGGUUUAGGUCUCUCUUCUGGAAAGAAGAGAUGGAGCUCACGUUAGUUGGACUUCAGUACUCCGGGAAAACCACCUUUGUCAAUGUGAUAUCAUCUGGUCAGUUUAGUGAAGACAUGAUUCCCACAGUCGGCUUCAACAUGCGGAAGGUUACCAAAGGCAACGUGACGAUUAAGAUCUGGGACAUAGGUGGACAGCCUCGCUUCAGAAGCAUGUGGGAGAGGUACUGCCGAGGAGUCAAUGCCAUUGUUUACAUGGUGGAUGCAGCAGACCGUGAGAAGGUAGAGGCCUCCAGGAAUGAGCUCCACAACCUGUUAGACAAGCCUCAGCUACAAGGCAUCCCUGUUCUAGUGCUUGGUAACAAGAGAGAUCUUCCCAGUGCGCUUGACGAGAAGCAACUCAUCGAAAAAUUGAAUUUGUCAGCCAUCCAGGACAGAGAAAUCUGUUGUUACUCUGUUUCCUGCAAAGAGAAGGACAACAUAGAUAUCACUCUGCAGUGGUUAAUCCAGCAUUCCAAGUCUUGAAGGAGCUGAGAGUGUAGGUCCAGCCUGCUUCUGUGUCCUCCUUGCUGCCUCUGAAGUGGUUCUCUACCGCCCUGUCUACUCUCAACCCACCACCACAUUCUGCACCGUUUGUGUAGUCUUCAAUUCACCACCACAACACCAACCACUGCUUACACUGCUUAGUCGUUCAGUUGUCACAAUACAGUGAUGAAGGACAGCGGAGAGUACCUACUCAUCAUACCUGUUUUCAGUGGAGAAGUUCUACGGGUUUGUGUCCAUCCUUUGGUUUUAACGCUACUAACUGGGUUCAGGGAGUCUCAUGACCUCCCAGCCCACUGGCAUCAUAUCAGUUUGACUCUGUAUUUAGGUGGUGGAAUCCAGUCUCUUCAUUCAGUAUCUACUCCAGUUCAAUGUCCCCAUUUGGUGUCAAUGUAAUAUUGUUUGAUUAUAAUUAAGGUUUUUGCCAAAACACGUCGCAUGUGUGAAUGCCUUUAUAUCCUGACACACUGUGAUAUAUAUAUAUAUAUUGUACGUUAAUUGAUUUGCUGGUCAAUGGACAUAUUUAAUGAUGUAUUUUAUGAAGUGGCUUACGGUUUACAUGACAUGGAAAGUAAGACUGUAUGGAAUGCUGUAGUCUUGAGCUCAAUCCUAAAAGGGGUCUGCAGAGUUUUAAGUGCCUUCUGCAAAAUCUCUUUGAUUUCUGGAGCAAAUUAGCUUUUCAUGCAAGAAGAUGAUCAUCACACCAUACAGAUAUGCUGUACAUAAUGAAUGUUUUGACCCACGUCAUUUACUUAGUUGUCUCUGGACAUGUUCAUUCAACUCUGUAGAAUCCCACGUUAUUUAAUGCACUUGUGUAAAUAUGCUUCAAUAAUGAAAAGUCAUUGAUGUAAAUAGGAUGAAAUGUAGCUUGAUUUGAAGGGGAAGCAGAAAAACUGGAAGUUCGCCACAUUUUGUGAAAGAUGAAUAAUGAUGAUACUUUUCAGAUUGUAACUGCUUUUUGAGUGUCUGUCUCAUUGGUUACUCUUGAAUAUCAAGCCCACAGAGGGUCAUAUAAUUAAAUUGAUCAGAAAGCCAGCCAGUGUUACUCAUGGAGGAGGUUAUGGCAGAUGAUGUCACUCAAUUCCUCACAAUGAUGAUCAGUCUCCCUCAUCUGUUGUCUGAGAGAGUUUUACAUGGAUGCUUUGUCAUCUCUAAGCUUUUGCUUGAAUAAUUAUGUAUUUUGUGAAGCCUUACUGAUCCAAGGAAAAUGCUGCAAGCCACAAGAUGUCACCUGUCUUAGUUUCACAUGUUAUAUUAAAGUCAAUGUCAGUUCUACA